AUGGCUACCUCUGGACGCCUCGGCUUCACCGUGCGCAGGCUCCUGGACUUACCGGAGCAGGACGCGCAGCACCUGCGGAGGCGGGAGCCCGAGCUACGCGCCCCCGGCCCCGGCCCCUACGCCACCUGGCUGGAAUCGGAGCGCGGCCACUACCCCUCCUCGGACGAGAGCAGCCCAGAGGCCAGCCCGCGGGACUCGUCGCAGCGGCCGUCCGCUCGGCCUGCGUCUCCGGGCUCGGACGCCGAGAAGAGAAAGAAGCGGCGGGUGCUGUUCUCCAAGGCGCAGACGCUGGAGUUGGAGCGGCGCUUCCGGCAGCAGCGCUACCUGUCAGCGCCAGAGCGCGAGCAGCUGGCGCGCCUGCUGCGCCUCACGCCCACGCAGGUCAAAAUCUGGUUCCAGAACCAUCGCUACAAGCUGAAGCGCGCGCGCGCGCCGGGAGCCGCGGAGGCGCCCGACUUGGCAGCGGCGGGCGAGGUGCGCGCCGCGCCCGGCUUGCUGCGCCGUGUGGUGGUGCCCGUGCUGGUGCGCGACGGGCAACCGUGCGGCAGCAGCGGCGAGGUGGGCACGGCCGCUGCCCGGGACAAGAGCGGCGCGCCCCCGGCAGCCGCCUGCCCUCUGCCAGGCUAUACCGCCUUCGGUCCCGGCUCGGCGUUCGGCCUCUUCCCCGCCUACCAGCACUUAGCGCCCCCGGCCCUGGUCUCCUGGAACUGGUGA